CACGCUCCUGUCGCCCAGGUCGUAGGUUCAAUUCUCUUAGUGAGAGGUUGCGUCAGGAAGGGCGUCCGGCGUAAAAGCUUGCCAAAUCAACCAUGCGAAUCAUACGCUGUGGCGACCCCUGACGGGAUUAAGCCGAAUGGAGUUACCUCUUAGAACGGUCACCAGCAUGUGUAUUUCUCUGUGCGGAUCGGGCUCCGAUGGGAGGACUUUUUCCGGCUUUUACUUUGAAAUGCGUUUUCCACACGCUCGCGCUGAGGUCUCAGAGGCUGACGCGAACAGUUGGCCGCGUGUUCUACUGGGACGACCUCAGGCGGCUUCCAGGGAACGCUUCAGCCAGAGGAGCACCCGCAGCGGUGUUUGCGUGGAGCCCGUCAAACUGGACGCUGAACUGGAAUGCUCUCGGUCGCCGACAUGAUUUUCGCAGUCUAGGGUCUUUGCCAGCAGCCUUUUACCACCCCUCGGGGGUUGCGCCCCACUUGAAUCACCAGCUCCAAGCUGCCGUCCUUCAACACUUCCAGAUUGGACUGAACAGCGCCGUCCAACAGGUCCUGAAACUGGGAAAAAUCCACGCCGUCCACGACUGACACAACAGUGGCCGCCUCGUCAUUGUCUCCGCUCACGGGUGCGCCCUCCUCUGACUGGACUUCAUUAUUCCUCUGUGCGGGGCUAAGAUUUUUUCUCUCAAUGAAGCGGUUUACAGACUGUUCUAAUCGUUCCAUUUAGAAACAUACUCAUUACCCGUGCUAGGACAAUUAUAGUCGCAACUCGGGGAGUAGACCGGAUACACACUUCCAACGCUUCCAAAUCAUUGACCAAUUCAUCCAACGAUCAAAAUUUUUGGUGGUUUUAUUUACACCAUGAAACCCUCUUUGGCCACCGGAUAUCAAAGCUAACACAUCUUUUUUUUUUUUUUUUUUUCUGUCCAGCAGUUUAGCAAGCAGCAUAUAUUACGAUGGACAGCUUUGCUUUAACAAGAAGAGUAUAUAUAUAAUGUAUAUACUCUUCCUGAUUUAUGGUUUAUUUGAUGGUUUAUUUAGCUAAUCCAAAAUGUGUGUGAUGUUGCUGUGUUGGUGGACAGGUUAGGUUUCUGCUGUAGGGUGUGUAUGCGGGAGGGUGGGGGGGUAAGGGGUGCAACCAGCUGCUGAAACCAAGCAAAUCUGUUAAGUAAACAAUCGGAAAAAAAUAAAGAAGCAGGGAUGUACCUUAGGCUAACACAUUCAUAACUAAACAACUUUUGUACUGUGGUUUACCUUGGAGAUUAAAACUAAUACCAAUAAUAGUGCUAAGGUAUGUGCACAUACUCAUACAAACAUAUACAUAUAAUAUACAUACAUAUGUGCAUUAUUAUACAUAUCCCAUCCCUUGUAAUAUAAAAGUCAUGACAUACAACACCACAAAUUCCAUAUUCACACAUUUUUGAUAUUGGUAGUGAUAAGUAUCAAUAAUACUUACAGUUGGAUUUGGAAAGUGUCCCACUACAAGGUUAGUAAGGCUGUAGCUUAAUAUUAUUCACCCAAAGGGUGAGGCAGACGUUGGUGCAUGAACAAUGCCACUUGUGGAAGCCAGGGUGAUAUGAGGGGCUCGGCCACUACGCCCAUCCAGCAAGCAGAGGAAGGAAUCCUAGCAGCCAGGGAGCCCACACACCUUCAGUUCCAGGAGGGCAGGUGUUGCGACCCAAGCCGCCCACACAGAGCCCCCCAGGCAGAGCUGCAGCAGCCACGGAGACAGAACCCGAGGUCAGAGUGGUCACCGUGGGUCAACGCUGUCCGCCCCAUGAGAACCAGGGGCAAACUAUCCCCCCCGGCGGGAGGGUUGGCCUGAAAGAGUGGAGCCCGAGGACCCACGUUUCAUACCUUGACUUCGGAUUCCUGCCUGCUCCUUGCCUGUACUUUUGCCGUGGAAAGACUGGCCUGGAGAGGUUGGUCCAGACUCUGCUGUGCUCAAAAAUGGCUACUACUCGUCUCACCGUUUUUCCUCCUUGUUCUCACAGUAUGUGUGAUGGCACUCACUCUGCUGCUGCUUUUACCACCCUCUAACAUUGGCUGGCGGGUGUCUCAUGUCCUAAGCUCUGCUGGGCCCAGGUUUAUGAAUCUUCCAUAUACUGCCUUCCUGCAGCCACUUCCUCAAACCCACAGUGGGGCCAUUAGUGCAAAAGACACAUUUAAAUCUUAUCUGCCAACUAAAUCCUUUUGGGACACAGCUGGUGAUAAAGGCAAGAUCAAAAGACAACAAGAGAACAGUCAUACAGGCAUCCACAGAAAUAAACACAACAUUAAAGAGAUUUCUUCCAAAAGAAUAAUGUUUGUAGGCGCCAUCCAGCAUCCGAGCAGUCAUCGCCGUGCUAGUCUAUCGCGGUUUAGAGCCAACAACACAAGGCCCACGCCUAUAAUUAAGUCCCAAACCCACAGUGCUGAGGUAAAGCACACUGCACAUAUAUACACUACUACAGACAUCACUCCUCAGAAGAGUCAGUCCAUCAAACAUCAUAUCCUUGCUCCAGUGGGUGUGGUAAUAAGUGACAGAAAAACUGCAGACAAAUGGGCAGGACUGUGGGGUAACAGACAGACAAACAGGACUUUGGAAACACAAAUUCUUCUCAGCCAUACAAAACCUCACUAUUCUUUGAAAAAAAUCACAGCAGCAACAAUGCACUCUGGGAGGUUUGUCAGCAAAGAGCAGCCAGCCGUGAAAAAGGCCUUCAGACAUGUCCAAGAACACCAGCAUGUUUCAGAGGGUCCCUCUCAAGCGAAGACCACAAAAUCUUGGCCACUGAACCAUACGAAGACUUUGGCCAAACUUCCUGCACCUCUAAAGAAAGAUGUUAGAGACUGGUGUCGAAACAUGACAGAGCAAGAGUUCACCGACAGUGACCAUGGCGGAGGAAUCAGAUUCAGCAAAGAUCUUUGGCCUCUUCCAUGGUUCAGUGAGGACGACCUUCGGAAGAUGGGCCUGCUUGCCGGGGGUGAGGUGGUUAGCACAGCCAGGGUACCUGCACAUGGACAAGUGCUUCAAGUAGCUCUGGAUCCUCCUGCACACCAUCAGAAGAUGAGAAAUGCACCUGGGCAGGGACCUCCACAAACCCACAAAGAACGCUGCAGGCAGGGCCACUGCGCCCUGACCAAACGCACUGAAGACUGGUUUGAGGUUUUUGCCUUCCACCUGGACAGAGUGCUGGGACUCAACAGAAGUCUCCCUGCAGUGCUGAGAACUUUUAAUAGUGACAUUUUACCGUACCGAUACACCAGCGGUGCCCCUAGACCUGUAGUAUGGUGGGACCCGGAUAUUCAACAUCUGUCUGACACAGACAAUGACCAAAACUCAAUACCAAUAAGCUGGGUUCAGUACCAGAAACUUCUGCAGGUCCACUGUGGGAGUAGAACAGAACUGAGGUCAGCUCCCUGUGUGGGAGUUCAUCAUUCAGAAUGGGGGAGGCUGGCUCUCUUUGACUUCCUGUUACAGGUAAAUGACCGUCUGGACAGAUAUUGCUGUGGUUUCACACCUGACCCAGCAGAUGUGUGUGUAGAGAACUCACUGAAUACCAAAUGUGGCAACACCAAGGAGCUGCUGCUGGUUCACAUCUUGGUGAGGAAAGGUGAUCCCUCCAGACUCGUGUUCAUAGACAACGCUGGGAGAACUCAGCAGUCGAGUGACAACCUGAACUUCAGACUAGUGGAAGGCAUUGAUGAGUUUCCAGAGCAUGCAGUGUCAUUGCUCCAGUCAGGCUGUCUGGGGAAGCUCCUUCUGUGCUCCCUACACUCAGACAAGGAGUUCUGGGAAAGCCAAGGUGGGACCACAGGUCUGAGGCCUCUCAUAAACAAAGUUGAGGAGAGAGGAAAGAUUCUUCUCCAGCACAUUAGGGACAAAAAGAUCAGGUCCAGAGGGACACAUGACAGGGAGGAGCCUAAAUUUUAGACCAGUGUGGGAAAAGGUGGAGGAGGUCAUUGAUGGAGUCAAGGUCAGUGGAUUGAUUCCUGGCUCUCACAAGUCUGUUAUGUUGUCCCUAUACUCCUUCCACUGCACUCUGACUCACUAUGAGCCUGUUUUUCUCAUUGGACUCACUCCAAUGAGAGGAGUCACGUCGCCUAAGGACAACAUAGGACAGGAGCCACCAAUAAAUCCAAGCCUCCUGAGCCAAUAAUAAAUAGACCAGCUUCAUCUAAACAGUGAUUACAUUUUCUAACUUCAUUACAAAUAUGGUUGUGUUGCUCGAUGAGUCAUUGUCAGGUGUCAGGGUUUGUCUCUAAAUGCUGAACGUCACAAUUAUUGACCAUAAGUCAUUUGGACAAAGUUAUAACUUUCCACUGUCUGACUAAUGACCAGUAAAUCAUUAUUAUUUCAUGUUAUUGGGACAUCUUCCUAGAUGUUUAAUGUUGUUUAGUCAGUUUAAUAUUUUAUAGGUCAUUGGCCUUGAGAACACUGCUUUUGAAACAGUUAGCUUUAUUUUGGGCAGCAAGAGGUUUAUAUAAACACAUAUCUAAUGCUCUGUCCUGUGUGCUUUAAAUGUUACACACAAUGUGACGCUAAUUGAACCAAAUUUGCCGUCAAUAAUCCUCCAGAUUUGGGGAAAGAAAUUGAUUUUAAUUCUUGUUUAUACAAUAUAAGUUUUCAGCUGUUUAAUGAACAAUGAAGAAUGUCUAAUUUUUUUUGUAAAAAUAAAUUUUUUAAUGUAUUUUUACAUACAUCCUAUACACUAUGAUAUCAAAUAUAUCAUUGUUUUAUUUUAUAGGGGCCCGUUUUUGCACGUUGUUGCACAUUGUAAAUGUUAAGAUGGAAGACAAGGGUUCACAGAUUUAAUGCUGAGCUGGGAACACUCCCUCCACAUGCAUGAAGAGGUUGGGGUUGUCGCCCUGGGUCUGCCAGUUUUUUUUAACAUUGUUACCUUGGACACUAUUUGUACAGUGAGAGCCAGAGAGCUGCCCUGUAGGAAAAAAGAUCUAACUCUUGGCUGUGAGCCUCCCUCUAUGUCAAGAUGUGAUUGCCUAUAUGCUCACACAAUACAAUGCAAUUAUUUGUAUUGGCAUUAAUUAAUAUUCUAAAUUUCUAAUUUUGAAAUCUAAUUUUCUGAGAUAGUGAAUUUGGGGUUUAUGAGUUGUCAGUUUAUUCAUCACAAUUAAAAGAAAUAAUAAUUUCAAAUAUAUCAGUCUAUGUGUAAUAAAUUGUUUCACUAUUUGAAUGGAAUUAGUGAAAUAAAUAAACUUUUUGAUGACAUUCUAAUUAUAAUAGCAGCGCCUGUAUCUAUAAUGUUUAUCUUACCCUUUUCAUGUACUGUGUUGUCUGUAUGAUGUUUAUUCUAUGGUGUCUGUUCUGUGUGUUGAUUUUCUUUCUUUGUCUUUUUGAGGGCAGCCGUAACUAUGGAAUACAAUCAAUUGGCAUUGGCACUGAGGCAUUGCUCCUUUCAUCCACUCACUCAGACAAAGGUGCCAUAGUGGAAAGCCCCCCCCUUCACCCUGCAACACCCCUAUACUGCCUGUUAGAGUUAGGAAAGCAAAUGGAAUUUGGAGAUCAGUCCUAGAGUCCAACAUACAGCUCCAACUGUACCUAAUGUAACAACAAUGAUAUGUCAGAUUCAAAAUGCCGUUUGUUGGUUUUCAGUUAUAGAUUUGAUGAAUGCAUAUAUUAGUAUCCUGUCCAUCCUGAUGCGCAGUUCUGGUUUGCUUUAACCUUUGAUGGUAAACACUGGACAAGGAUGCCACAAGGUUUGACUGCUGGUCUAAAAUUGUUUGCGUAGAUUGUAUCUGGAAAUCCUAAUCUAAAUCAGAAGCUUUAUUUCCAGGUCCUGUAGAGAGCACUUUAUAGAAUGAGGAAUUUGACUUGGUGUUGGCAGGUGGUGCGUCUCACCAUAAAAAUGUACAAACAGUACAAGAUACACCAUACAACAUGUUAUGGUAACAGUACAACAUAACAUGGUGACAGUACACCAUACAACAUGGCAUGGUACCACUAAUAGUGCAAUUAAGGAUAAAUUAAAAAGUUAUGAACAGACUAUAUACAGAUGGAGCGGUUUUCGCUCAUUUUAGUCAACUGUCAGUGACCUUUUCUGCGCUGAUCGAACACUCCACUCCCCACCCCCUCCUUGGUCUGUCUGGGGAAGGUGUUAAAAUGUUAAAGAGGCCACCCCCAUUUUUACCACCAAAGACGCAAUUCCAGGGUAAAACCAGAAGGAGGAGCUUUAGAAUCUGACCUGUAGAGUUAGGGUCAAAUACCAAGUAUAGGCACAGUUCUGAGAACAGGACAUAUAUCUGAUAAUGUCAGUUCUACACUGUUUGCUAGGACAGACAGGCAGACUGUCUAAACAGUCCACUAAAAAGUUGAGAAAAUUUUCAUGUCAGAGUUGAAUGUUGUACUUACUUUUUUAAAUCAUAGAUAGGCAUCGACAGCUCACACUGCUACAGCUGCCAAACUACCUUCUGGUGGUUUAUCAGUUACUGGGUGUAUUAGGUUAAAUUGAACUCUACAAAUGUACCUAAUGAAAUUCGUAAAAUUCUUAUUCUAUAGCAUUUAAAUCUUCUAAUCAAGCUUAAAUGAACAUAACAAAAGAGAGCCUCUUUUCAGACAGAACGACCCAUCCGCAGCACUAGUUAGAUUGGUUUCACACGACCCCAUUCUCCCCAAAGAAUCAGAGUUCUGCAGUGCUGUUACCUGAUCUGAUGUAACCAGAUACAUUUGUGAACUACUUAAACAGAAGAUUCUAUUUAUGUUUUAUAAACAUCCAGUUCAUUUGACCUUUUUCUAAACCAGGUUGUCUGAAAGUUGGGUAAUUGCAUCUACAUUCUUUUAGAGCAGAAAUGUUUCUUACGGAGCUUCUACAUUAUAUGUCCUUCAUGGGCGUCAGGUUUUCGUUCUCAGUUUUAUUUUGAAAGGACUUUUCUGUUUUACCUUGUUAGGUUUGGUUCCAUUUUCCGGUUUUAUUUUGUAAGCACUUCCGUUUCUGGUAACACCACAGCAGUUCCCGCUUUACUCCCGGUCCUCAUUACACACACCUGUUUAAAUCAGUAAUCAACCUCUUGUAUUUAACCACCACCUGUCCUUAGUUCUCCGCCAGAUCGUUGUACCCCUACCGUCACUUUCCAGCAUUCCAUUGAGAGCUUAUUUCGUGUUUGACCCCGCUCCGUAUUUUUUCGACUUCUGAUUCUCGCCUGAUCCUGACCUGGUAUUGUAUCCUGUGAGUUCUGUUACCGACCCGUGCCUGUCCUCUGGAAGUGAUUUAGCCUGCUCCUUCUGUGCCUAUGCCUUCAUGCUUUGAAGUGUAUGACCCGGACUGUUUUGAGACUACGAUUCCCGCAUUAAAGCCCUUUUACUUACUCCAUCUGUCUGCUGCGUUUCGCUGUGCAUGUGGGUCCGAUCUCCACCAAAACCUGACAAUGGGGAAGGUGUCUUCACAUCUUCUCACAGUCCUUUCUUCAACUGAUAAGCCAGUUCUUUACAGGUGUGAAGUGAAGCCUAUUGUAAAUAGAGGAUAAUACGUAACUUUACUCAGACUGAAGGUUCCUGCACUUUUGGUAAUGUUUCUACUUCAAGAAAGUGAGUUAACUUGAAAAUUGGUGCAAGAAUGUGCAAUUGCAGGUCAUUUCUUAAAGAUUUAGGGGGUUUUAACAAGGCAGCUAUGCAUUAAGUACAUCACAUCUCUGGCUGUGGCCGCAGCAAACCAGACUGUGACAGAGGACGUGAGGAUUGAUUUGAUGAUGGCAAUGUAGAAGUUUACCAACAUUUUUACAGGGAGGUGAAACUUCUUCAGCUGCUUCAGGAAGUACAUCCUCUGCUGAGCCUUCUUUGUGAUGGAGCGGAUGUUCUGCUCCCAAUUGAGGUCCAGGCCGAUGAUGGUGCCCAGGAAGCGAAAGGACUUCACAGAGGUCACCAGGUUGUCACAGAGGAUGCCAGAAGGAGGGGGGCUGGGUCCUUCCUGAAGUCCACUGUCUUUUCCAUGGUGUACAGAGCAUUGAGCUCCAGGUUGUUAGCGCUGCACCAUGACACAAGACUGGCUAUCUCACUCCUGUAGGGUGACUCAUCUUCGUCAGAGAUAAGGCCGAUGACGGUGGUGUCGUCAGCAAACUUCAGGACAGGGUCAGGUCAGGUUUGACAGACUGGUGUGCAGAUGUGCAGCUCUUUGUGUACAGGGAGAAUAACAGGGGUGAAAGGACAGCCAUGGGGGCAUCCAGUGCUUGUGGUCCGGGUAUCCGAGACAGGUUUCCUCAGCCUCACAUACUGCUGUCUGUCCAUGAGGAAGUCUGUGAUCCAUCUGCAGGUGGAGUCAGGCACAUUCAGCUGGGAGAGUUUGUCAUGGAGCAGGUUGCCUGCUCAAAGCAGCAGUAGAAUGUAUAGAGGUCGUUGGCCAGACGCAGGUCGUUCAGACAGUGGGGGGCUCUGGGCUUGUAGUUGGUGAUUGUCUUGAGCCCUUUCUAGACAGAAGCAGAGUCGUUGGCUGAGAACUGCUGUUCCAUUCUCUCACCGUGGGCUGAUUUAGUUUUUCUCACCUUGCUAAAUCUGUGCUUGGCCUCUUUGUGUUUGUCUCUGUCCUCACUUCUGAAUGCAGAUUCUUUCUCUGACCUCAGCUGUCGGAGCUUAGCUGUGAACCAGAACCUGCUUACCCUGAGUAUGUCGGUUCCAAAAUACCUGAUAAGAGUUAGGCUAAUCCUGCAAUGGACUGGCGACCCGUCCAGGGUGUACCACGCCUCUCGCCCAUAGCCAGCUGGGUUAGGUUCCAGCACCCCCGCGACCCCGCAUAUGGGAAUAAGCGGCUUGGAAAAUGGAUGGAUGGAUGGAGUUAGGUUAACCUACCUCCUGUCGGUAACCCAGAGUUAACGCACGUGCACAGCGUAUAUAUGAAGACAUUGUCAAUAGAUCGCCGAAUUCACGAGUCACCAUGGAAAUCCGAAGCGACACUAUAAUGGCAGCAUAUUUCAACGGCGGAGUUGGAGGUUUUAAUGCAGAGAAUGAAGAAUUUAAGCCGAUUAUUAAUAAAAAAAAUCAACACAGCUGCAUUGGCGAAGGAAAAAAAGAAAAAUAAACUAAAUUGAGUUUAUUUAAUUACCGUUAUGUUGCGCCUUCUCUUUUAUUGUAAAGGAAAAUUGAACAUAACUUCCACAUUGUUUUGUACUAUUAAGUCCAGGAGAAUAUAAUAAUAAUAAUAAUAAUAAUAAUAAUAAUAAUGAUGAUAGUAUAAUAAGGUGUAAUCGUUCUGGAGAAAGAGGAACUCGGUCCCAAGUCAAAAUGAAACACAAAAUCCUACAAAAAGGUAAGAUUUGAAUACAAAUUGCACGAUCUAUAUUUUGCAUAGGCUUCAAUGUUGUAGUACUCUGACUUUAUUUCAAAUUGAUCUUAUGGGUUGCAUUGUCUUGCAGUCACUGAUGGACAGAUUGUAUUAUUGGACCCUCCAGAAAGCACACAGUCUGGGACAUUGUGUGAAGCAAUGUAAAUAAUAUUCCAUUUUAUUUUUUUAGGACAUGAAGAAAUGAUGAGUGCUUUGGUGCAGAAACCUUAAUAAAAGUGAUUCUGACAAAUCAUGUGUCUUAAGAGUCUUCCAUCUCUGUAGUCUACUUGGUUCACUACUGGAUCCUCUUGGUCAUCUUCGGCAGGACAAGGAGGGUGGCUCUGCUCGUAUUGUGGCAACGUUGUGAAGGACAACACAACCCACUAUAAUGACAUAUGCCCUCUCUGGACUGACCCUGAGGCCACGCAGACACUAGAACCUCGCCUUCAGGAUGCCUGUGGUCAUCUUCACCUUGGCCGUGUUCUGCUGUGGGCCCGGUUGAACUGUGUCUGUGGUCCAGGUUCAGGGUAGGGUGUCAUUAAAUAGGGCAGACAAGGGAACCCUCUGUCCCUCCCAGCAAGUCCUGUAAUGAUUGAAAUGUGUAAAACAAUAAAAAAUAAAUAAAACAAUACAGUAAAAACAUGAA